AUGGAACUGGUUGUCGCCAGCCAGACGAUCAUUUUUGAGCAGCAUGAUCUGUCCCUCCUUGGUCAAGAUGAGGAGAUGGAACUUGAUCUUAUCCCGGCUCGCCGACAAGACGGCAUACGGGAUGAUGCUGAGAAGAUUCGCAUCUGGGAGACACUGGUCGCCCAACGGUUCCCAAUCCUCUUCAUAGAGGGCGGGCCAGUGAUUAACUGCAUUCUUGAUGAGAGGAUCGUGUUCCGAGCGAUGUUUCUUUCGCCAAAUGGAUUUGCCGACUGCAAAGCACAAAUCACCGUGGUAAGGGAAGAAGUGAUUGGCUUUGCUACUGGUCAGGUUGGCGUCUUUAGGCUUGUCGCCAAACAAGGCCCAGCUGUCAACCGUUCCUACCCCAAAGGUCGCCGAGGAGGUCUUGAUGUAGAAGAUCUGGUCACCCUUGAUUCCCAGGAGCGGGACCUUGCUUAG